CAAUACUGACGAGAGAGAGAGAGAGGUGAGGGAGAGAGACAUACAUAACAUGCUGUGUGAACGUGAAGUGAUUAGUAAAAGAAGUGCAUACUCGGUGAAGUGUGAGAAUCCGGUUCGUAUUUUGCUCUGUGCCAGAGGGCGGGUGUGAGAGAGUGCCAGUCCUGCCAAAUCAGACACAAACGAGUGUGUGUUUAGAAACAACCGACAACUAAACUUGACAGAAAAACUAAGAGAAUGGCCGAGCUUGAAGACAUUCGAUGAGGAAAAGGUGUGAUCAGUGUGAGGUGUGCCUGUAAUGGAAGGGGAACCUUUCCUAGAUCUGUGUCACCUGACUGAGGUGGAGCAGACUGUAAUUUUCAGCGUUCUGCAGAGAGAUGCUGAACUACGCAACAAAGAGGAAGGGAGAAUACGGAAACUGCAGCAGACUGUGUCAGAUCCUGUCCGUCUGCGCACUCUCUCGGGCGCGUGGUUUCAUGAAGAGCGUGCUAAGAGAUAUCAGAAGGGAGGAGCUGAUGUUGUUCAUGCUUCAAUACGCCAUAAGAGGCGUGAAAAGGAUAUACCUCUGACGUCAAUAUUUACUGAAGAAAAAGGUAACUCUUCUCAGCUACAUGAGCAGCAAGAGGAAGACAAAAAUACAGAGAGAGAAUUGCAGGAAAAUAUUAGUGUAAGAGAGGAUGACAAUGGCCAGGAAGAGAAGGAAAGAGAAAAAGAAGAUGGGGAAAGUUGCAUUCCUGUGGUUACCCCUGAACAACAAUCCAGGAUUAUAAACAUCACAAAGAAAAAUGCAGCAAAAGAAAACUGUCUUAAAGAAAGUGUUGGAGAGUCUGAGGACAAAGAGAAGAGAAUUUUGCCGAAUACGUCACCAUCUCUGCAGAUUGACUCAGAGGGUGAUGGGGACAUGGACUCUGGCAGCACUGAAGUAGACUAUACUAGGUUUGGGUCAGUUAGCAGCUUGGCCUCCCAUCAUAUGAUGAACGGCAGUUUGAUGAGCCUGUACAGUGUGGGCGAUUUCGGGGAUGUUGUGGUAUCAGGGCAGAUCCAGUUCUCGAUGCAGUAUGAUGUCAAGAAAGAGGAACUUCAUGUGCACAUAAUACGCUGCCAAGAUCUUGCAUCGGCCCGUAAAAAUCGGUCGGACCCAUAUGUUAAAGUUUACCUUCUCCCUGACAACACAUCCCGCAGUAAGAAAAAAACUGCAGUGAAGAGGAAAACAUUAAAUCCAGUCUAUGAUGAAACCAUGAAAUACAGAGUGCGGAGACUGGACCUCAAGGCUCGUGUGCUGAGUAUGUCAGUCUGGCACAUGGAGAGAAUGAGGAGAAACCUCUUCCUGGGGGAAGUGGAAGUGAGGCUGGCUCAGUGGGACUGGAUCCAGAGCCAACCAACCUGGCACAACCUCCAGCCAAGAGUGAAGUUGAGUCCAGAUGACAUCAUCAGCAGAGGAACCAUUCUGUUCUCUAUUAAGUUUGUACCCCCAGGUUCAGACGGAAGUGGUUGUCCACCGACUGGUGAGCUCCAUAUUUGGUUGAGGGAGAUUGUUGGUCUACUGCCCUCUAAACGUGGCGCACCUAGCACAUAUGUAAAAAGCGUGGUAUUACCAGAUGAGAGUGGCAUCAGUGGCCAGCAGACUCGGAUGGUGCGAGGAUCUGUCAACCCAGUGUUCAACCACACCAUGGUUUAUGACGGGUUUCAGUCUAGCGACCUUAUUCAGGCCUGUGCAGAGAUAACGGUCUGGAAUCAACAUCCCUCCAGCUGUCUGGGUGGAGUGCGACUCAGCACAGGCUCAGGUGUGAGUUAUGGUCAGGCUGUCUGCUGGAUGGACUCAACAGAAGAUGAGAUUAGUGCGUGGUCAAGUGUGAUUCAGUGCCCCAACAGCUGGGUAGACACCAGCCUACCAAUCAGAACCAAUUUACAGCCCUAUUCACCCUGUGACUUUGGUUGUGAAACAUUCUGGAAUACACCACACAAAUUUUCCCCCAAUCUUUGA